AUGAAUGAUUUAAUUGUUCCAAUAGUCACAAUUAUCUUAAGUUUUAUAUCAAUUAUAAGUUGUGGAUUUGUCAUAUAUAUUUAUGGAAGAUUUAGAGAAUUAAGAAAUGAUCAAUUUACUAUUGUAUUACAGAUUAUUUUAUUCGAUUUGAUAUAUGAUCUCAUACUAUUUAGCGACUCUAUUGGAUAUUUGUUUUUGAGAAAUACUAAUUUUCAAUUGAGUGAAAAGCCUGUAUUAUGUCAGGCCUAGUCUUUUUUCUCUGUUUAUAGUGUUUUAUCAAGCACUUUUUGGACUUCAAUUAUAAUUCAUAGUUUGUAUCAUUCUUUAAGAGAGAGUGAAACAAAUUAUUAUAUGCAGUCAUAUUAUCCUGGAUUAGGCUAUGGAAUACCUCUGAUAAUAUCUAUAAUGUAUGUAUUGUUAGUGAAAAAGACCAAUAAUUAUUGAUGUAUAUGGUUAAUACUAUCCAAUGCCAUAAACAAAUUGUUUCUUU